AUGACUACUGUCAAUCCAUUGGCUAUGUUAGCAGCACAAUGUAAUAAAAUUCAAUCGUCCAAUACCACGAUUAUUAAUAAUAACAAUACACCAACGUCAGUUUUAUUACAAUCUGCAACAACAACAUUUGGUCGACCGAAAAGUCCACCAUUGUCAUCAUCAUCAUCAUCACCACCGAAAACAAGUUUUUAUGCUUGGAAAAAAUCUCUAACAACAAGUCCACCAACUUAUUAUUCAUCAUCAAUGAAUAAUACAAAUCAUCAUCAUAAUCCAGAAAUAGCUUCAUCAUUGGCACGUAUUACUCAUUAUGAACAUUCGUUAUUCAAUGGUAAUGGUCAUUUAAAAGAAAAUACAACAAUACCACCGCCUCCACCUCCACCACCACCACCAUCAUCAUCACAAACAGCUUGGUUUGAUAUUCAUCAUCAUCAUCAUCAUUCAUGGUUUGCUGCUACUCAAACACCGCCCAUUUUGAAUAAUAACAAUGAACAACAACCACCACCACCUCCACCACCACUGUUUUCUACACCAACUAAUGCUCAAUAUUCAUCUCAUGGACAUCAUCAUGUCCAACCAACACCUUAUAAUGAUUUUCUUUCUGCUGGUCAUCAAUAUGCAGAUUCAUAUCGACAUGAAUUUCGUUUACUUUAUCCAUCAGUUGUUCCACCACUACCACCACCGCCACCAUCAUCAUCAUCUUUAUCACAAUCAACGUUAUCAUUUCCAUCUCAUACACCAUCACCACCAUCGAUUCAAGCAACUACAUCGUCACCAACAACAAUAACAAAUAAUUCGAACAGUUCACCCAAAACUACAAUUUCAAAUAAUUUAACAAGAAAUGGAAAACAACCAAAAGCCAGCCGUGCUCAAUGUGAUUGUCCUAAUUGUCGUGAAGCUGAUCGUUUAGGUUUUGUUGCUGGAGCUAAUUUACGAAAACGAAAUAUUCAUAAUUGUCAUAUACCAGGUUGUGGUAAAGAAUAUAAUAAAACAUCACAUCUCAAAGCUCAUUUACGUUGGCAUACAGGAGAACGACCAUUUGUUUGUAAUUGGUUAUUUUGUGGAAAACGAUUUACUCGUAGUGAUGAACUUCAACGACAUUUACGAACUCAUACAGGUGAAAAACGAUUUGCAUGUCAAGUUUGUGGAAAACGUUUUAUGCGUAGCGAUCAUCUUAAUAAACAUGUUAAAACACAUUCGAUAAAUAUGAAUGGUAGUAAUAUAAAUGAAGAACAUCGGAUGAAAAAUCUUGAUUCUGAUACGGAAGAGACUCAUCGAGAUCAUCAUCAACAUCAACAUCAACAUCAACGUCUUCCACAUCAAACAUUACUUAAUAUGCAUCAUCAACGAUUUAUGGUUGCCGAUAUAAAAACAGAACCGAGAAUGACCGAUUAA